UUCCCACUGUUUCAAGCCAGCAGCAAGCAAAAAUACCAUACCGGCGUCAGGCUCGCUGGCCACUCGCUCCGCCCUCCCGCUGAGCCCCUCAACCCCUCUGAACCUACUUGACCACCAGUCCCCCACGCCACGCUCCCAUCCCCAUCGCCUCCUCCAGUCCUCCGCCCAAAUCGAAGCACCUCGAGCAGGACCCCCACGACCCGUCCUCCACGGUCCACGCCCAGCCACCUUGAGGGGCCGCCUAGUGCGCCGGCGGCAGCACAAGACAUGGGCUGCUGCUUCAGCAAGAAGCGCAAGAACCGCACGGCGCCCGGGGCGCGCCGGUGCGAGCCCGAGGACCGCGACCCGCCGUCCCCGGAGGAGGAGACGGUCAAGGAGGUGCUCUCGGAGACGCCGAGCGCCAAGCUGAGGCCCGAGGCCAAGCCCGUCGCCAACGCCAAUGCCGUCCACGACGCGGAGGAGCGAGGAGCGGAGAAGGUGAAGAAGCAGGAGGACAGCGCCGACGCCGCGGUGAGCGACCUCGGCAGCUGCGUGUCGCUCUCGCUCGCCACCGACGAGCGGUCCGAGGCGGCGUCGGAGUCGUCGGCCGCGACCAGCUCGGUGGCCGGGCCGGAGCGGUCGCCGGGGAGGAAGCCGUCGGCCAGGAGGCGCCCGGUCUCCGCCGAUCUGGGGCCCGCGCGUCGCGACCGCGCCGCCGCGGCCUCCUACGGCAUCCGCUCACGCAGCGCGCGGGGCUCGCCGUCCCCGCCGCCGCCGCGGCACGUUCCCCGGGACCGCUCCGUGCGGCGAUCGCCGUCGCCGGCGGCGAAGCGGCCGUCAUCGGAGCACCGUCGCGCCGCCAGCCCAGCCGCGCCCGCGCAGCGGAAGCCGCCUGUCCCGGCAAGGCCGUUCGGUCGCGUGUCCCCGCGGCGCGCGCAGGAGCCGCCGCCUCCUCCCGCCUCCCCGCCGCCGCCGUCGCAGACCGAAGACGACGACGUCACCGCGGCAAGCGAGCACAGCGUCCCGGACGCCAGCGCUGGCGGCGAGGGCCAACGCGGCCGUGACGGCGACGGGAAAGAGUCGUUGGAGAACCCGCUCGUGUCAUUGGAAUGUUUCAUCUUUCUCUAGCGCCGUGCUGCUGAUGUGAUCUCGCGCUAUUUCCCUUUGAAAGCCUUGGGCUAAUCCAAGUUCUAGGCGUUAAGCUCAGUGAAGUGGUUAGUUGUAGGCCAUGGUGGUUCAGACGUUCUUCUGCCGCUGCCCACCAUCUAUUAGCUUUGUCAGUGGAAAUGCUCGUCGCUUUUGACUGUUUCAGAGCCGUGUGACGAUUGGAAUUGGU